CCAUGUCUGCUCAUGAUAAAUCCCUGAAAACCACUGAGGAAGUGGCUCUUCAGAUCCUCUUGCUUUGUCAGUUUGGGGUUGGGACUGUGGCCAAUGUCUUUCUGUUUGUCCGUAAUUUCUCUCCACUCUUGACUGGUUCUCAGCAGAGGCCCAGGCAGGUGAUUUUAAGCCACAUGGCUGUGGCAAGUUCCUUGAUUCUUUUCCUCAUUACCUUUCAAAACAACAUGAUGGCUUUUGCUCCAAGAAAUCCUCAAACAGACCUCAAAUGUAAAAUAGUAUUCUUUACUUGUGUAGUAGCAAAAAGCACAAACUUGUGUUUCACCUGUAUCCUGAGUAUCCAUCAGUUUGUCACUCUUGUUCCUGUUAAUAGAGGUACAGUUUUACUUAGGCAAAGUGUCCCCAAUUUGGUGAGAUAUUCUUGUUACAGUUGUUGGUUUUUCAGUGUCUUAAAUAACAUCUACAUUCCAAUUAUGGUCACUGGUUCACAAAUAUCAGACAAUAACACUGACUCUAAGAGCAAGUUAUUAUGUUCCACUUCUGGAUUCAGUGUAGGCAUUGUCUUCUUGCAGUUUGCCCAUGAUGGUACAUUCAUGAGCAUCAUGGUCUGGACCACUGUCUCCAUGGUACUUCUCCUCCAUAGACAUCACCAACGAAUGCAGCACAUCCUCACUACCAAUCAAGACACCAGAGGCCAAGCUGAGACCAGAGCAACCCAUACUAUCCUGAUGCUGGUGGUCACAUUUGUUGGCUUUUGCCUUCUAAAUUUUAUUUGUAUCAUCUUUCAAAACUUUUUUAUAGAUUUUUAUACAUACAUGUGGCGUGUAUGUGAAGUUUUGGUAGUAAGCUUCCCCACAAUUUCUCCCUUAUUGUUGAUCUUUAGAGAUCCUAAGGAUCCUUGUUCUGUGCUGUUUAAAUGUUGA